GGGAAAUUCGCCUUUCCCCCUCAUCAUGGUUCAACUUAUCUGCCAACCAGAACCCGUAUCGCGCACGAUUCACUUUCACCCCCACCACAUGUUUCUAGCCGAGCCGCGAUCCGGGUGCAUUGAGUGCAUCAUGGCGCACCACCAUCACAUCUUGGGCGUCAAAGACCGGCUAUAAGUGAUCACACUAGUCAAAGUUAGUCAGUCUGGGGUGCGUUUUUGGAGAAAUAGCUUCAUGUCCUGCCCCUCGAUAAAUACUUUUUCCCCACAAGCUCCUCCACUUUCUAACGUCUAGAACCUAAAUCAUUAUUGUUGUCAUCCGGGUUGCCGUUUUAGGAAAUCCGAGAUAAAUCUUGUAAGUCAAAGGAGCCGCAAUAUCUACAGGAGCCUAGAAACACCUCAGGAGUCUCCUGCGGCUGUGGAACACCAAGUCUAUCGUCAAGUCAAAAUGUCGAAACGUCAUCUCUUUGAAUCCCCAGAAGGACUUGUCAAUAAGGCCUUAAGGGGUAUUAUCACUUAUAACACAUCUCUAAGCUUGGAUGAGGAAAAUCGAGUAGUAUUUAACACCGACUACGAUAAAUCGAAAGUGUGCCUGAUCAGCGGCGGUGGUUCGGGUCAUGAGCCCGCCUGGUCAGGAUAUGUGGGCGAUAAUCUCCUUGCAGCAUCUGUAGCGGGAGAUAUCUUUGCCAGCCCCAGCACGAAGCAAAUUCUGGCGGGCAUAGAUGCUGUCCCUUCAGAUAAGGGUACGAUACUUGUUGUUACCAACUACACCGGAGACUGUCUACACUUCGGCUUAGCGAACGAGAAAGCCAUUGCUAAGGGUCAUAAAAGUAGGAUGAUCAUCUGCGGCGAUGAUGUGUCCGUUGGCAGAAAGGGCAGUCUUGUCGGACGCCGUGGUCUGGCCGGACAGCUCGGCGUAUUGAAGGUCAUGGGCGGUGCCGCUGGAGCUGGUGCCUCACUCGACCAAGUCUAUGAUCUUGGUGAUGCCUUUGCGAAACAGAUCGUCUCCAUCGCUGCCACACUGGAUCAUUGUCACGUUCCGGGACGAACGGAGCAUGCCAUGCUCGAAAGCAAUGAGGUAGAAAUUGGAACAGGUCCUCACAAUGAGCCAGGCUACCAGAAGCUUUCUCCUGCUCCAACACCAGAAGAACUCGUCAAGAAGAUUCUAACAUAUUGCCUCAACGAGACUGACACGAACAGGGGUUAUGUCAAUUUCCAGCAAGGUGACGAAACUAUGCUUCUUGUGAGCAAUUUCGGUGGUAUGUCUUAUCUCGAAAUGGGGGCCCUGGUCGACGAGUUGUUAGAACAACUGGCCCGUGACUGGAAUAUUGAGCCCAUUCGAGUGAUCAGUGGACCACUUGAGACAUCACUGAACGCCCCAGCAUUCUCAGUAUCCGUCAUCAACGUCACAGCAGCCGCAAAGAACUGUUCGUAUACUACAGAGCAGAUCAAGGAAUUCUUCGAUGUCAGAACGAAUACGUGCUGGGAGUCAAUGGCCGGAUCUCAAACAAAGCGGCGUACUCGUGAAGCGCAACUAGUGACACCAAUCAUGUUACCCAAGAAGACGGUGGACGACGCCAAAGACCUCAAGAUCGAGCCUCAGACACUGGAAUCCAUGCUGCGGAAAGCCUGCGACAACCUCAUCAAAGCCGAGCCUGACCUCACUAAGUGGGACACAAUAAUGGGCGACGGUGACUGUGGCGAGACACUAAGAACCGGAGCACAAAACCUUUUGGCAGCACUUGACUCUAAGCUCGCAGCCAGUGGAUCUGUAAUAACCGUUCUACAAGAGCUCGAGGACAUAGUAGAGAGCAAGAUGGGCGGUACCUUGGGCGGCAUUCUAGGUAUCUUCUUUGUGUCGGUUCGCACAGCAUUGGAGCAGAACAUCGAUCAAGGCACUGGGUCUGAAGGCAUUCCAGAACUAUGGGGCAAGGCACUUAAUCUCGCACUGGAUAAUCUUGGUCGCUACACUCCGGCCAAGGAAGGUGAUAGGACGGUCAUGGACACCCUGAUUCCCUUUGCCGAUGUUAUGAAGGAGUCUGGCAGCUUUGAUGACGCCGUGCAGGCUGCUGUCCGGGGCGCUGAAGCCACGAAGAUCAUGAAGCCCAGGCUGGGAAGAGCAUCAUAUGUCGGUGAGCACGCGAGCAGGGACUCAGUUCCUGACCCCGGGGCAUGGGGAGCGAUGGUAGCCAUUCAGGGGUUAAGGGAAGGCAUAUGAAUCAUGUCGUUCGAAAUAUCUGGUGGUAAAUCAUCGAAUGAUGACCUGUUGAUGCGUUUGCUUUACUUGUACGAUAUUACACAAUACAUGAACCGAAACCCAUUUUGCCCUAUAGACUUUACGCUG